UUCUGUUGAGAUGGUAGACAAGAUUUCGGUGAUCUGCUAACGCCGGAGCCAUGUUAGAGUUUAAUACACCGGCGACAUCGGCACCUAGCGCAAGUUCAAUGCUGUCUAUGUUGAACAUAAACAUGGAAGCGUCGCGUCAGAACGCCUUUCUUCUCGGCAAUCCUCCUCUGGCCGCCUUGCACUCCAUGGCAGAGAUUAAAUCCACACCUGUCGGAACUUAUCCAAAUACACAGACUUUAAAACCGUCCGCAGUAGGACUUCCGGCGACAUGUUCUCAAUCGGCGACUCCCCACGGGAUCAACGAUAUUCUCAGUCGGCCUUCGGUCACCUCAGCACCCAGUUUGGGCACCCUCAGCGCCCUACCACGAUUCAGUCUCGGAGUCGGUGCCGGGAUGUACUUUGGCCCCGCCAACGGGGGCCUACAUAAAUUAGGACUGAGUGAACUCCAGGGUAGACCGCAUCUGUACUGGCCAGGAAUGAUGCAAAAUCCGGCUCUCUGGAGGGACAGAUUCGCAUCCGCUGCAGUGGCACAGAAUGCGACGGAUAAAGACGGAAAGAAAAAACAUACAAGGCCUACUUUUUCCGGUCAUCAGAUUUAUGUUUUAGAAAAGACUUUUGAACAAACCAAAUAUCUGGCUGGACCCGAACGUGCUAAAUUAGCCUACGCGCUUGGAAUGUCCGAGAGUCAAGUUAAGGUAUGGUUUCAAAAUCGACGGACAAAAUGGCGAAAAAAGCACGCAGCGGAGAUGGCAACAGCCAAGAAGAAACACGACUCUGAAGCUGAACAAAUGAGACACGACGACAGUUCGGAUGCAGAAGAACUAAACGGUUUAGACGGGAAACGUUUCAAACGAGAUGAUGACGGAUCAUCGGGACUGAGACAGGAAGAUGUAACAGAUAGGUUAUCAUCGCCGUAACACAAUCAAAUCCGCAACAAUGUGCAAUUCAAUCUGUAUAUCGAUAUCGAUGCCAGAUUAUCAGAAGAAAGGCAGAAAAAAUUAUACAUAAAAAAUUACAUAAAUAAAUAAAUAAAUAAAUAAAAAACAAGUAUAUAAUACCAAGGGGGUAUCAUUUCAUAAGUUUUAUUGUGUUAUUCUGCUUAUGAAAUGGCACACCUGCCGAUUGAAAAUCAUUUUUGGCUACUUUAUAACCCGGUGAAACUGAUGUUGCCCUCUCUCCAUUCCUGUAGGUCCGGGAAUGAACCCCGGAUAUAAGGAUUUCUGAGAUUGGUUGGUUGAAUUGGCAUUCACUUGACUAUAGAAAUUUUUUAAAAAUAAUAUAAAUACAUAAAUAAAUAAUAACCGACAAGAAAAUUGCCUUUUCUUUUCCACGCCACUUCGGUAUAUCGAAUUAAAAAAACACGUAGAUUGGUAACAUAGCGUUACGACGUUUCCGAGAAUGUAAAUUAGGGUACCAUAUCCGAGUCACGUGAUGCUCAACUAACCAAUCCUAAGUUCGGAGCCGUGAGGUUGUACUGUACAUAAGAUUUCAGUCGUUCACAUUAGGUUUAAUUAUGUUAUUAACCUAUCGAGUUUUAGUUCGUGUACAGAGAGAUUCUUUGAAUGUAUCGCCGUAGGUCAACACUUCUCCAAAAAGAGUAGGUCUUAACAUUUUAAAUGAAUGGGGGAGGAGGAAAAAAUUUGGAAAAAUAAAGGAAAAUUUCCUCCCCUCGUCGAUAAUGGAACACAUAUUGUUUGUUAUUUAUUGCAGAAUAAAACUUAUAAUAAGUUCAAUAAAUAUUUAUUCGACAGAUUACAGUUUAAAAGAAGAAGAAGAGAAGAAA